CGACGACUCGACCUAACCUAACUUAUCCGCGUGACGUCAAUCGCGGCAACGCCAGUCCCCCACUGGCGCAAAAAUCGUGUCCGACUUCGGCUGCUUCAAUAUGUCCACGUAGGAUCCGAUCCUCCCGAUCGUCCCGUCAUCCCGGAAGAAGCAGGACCGUACAUCGUUCCGAUAUGACCUCGUAGUCUCUCGAGGAGGCAGUCACCCCCGAUAUCAUCCCCCCGUUCGCUGUGCUUCAGAGGGCCUUCGAUUUGACGACCGACCGAUGUGACCAUGGCCAGUCCGCGGACGCGACGAGUGCUGAGCGAAUUGAAGCCGAGGGACGAGAACAAUAGGUGCUUCGAGUGCGGCAGCCACAAUCCGCAAUGGGUGUCCGUGACGUACGGCAUUUGGAUAUGCCUGGAGUGCUCCGGCAAGCAUCGCGGCCUGGGUGUACACCUGUCGUUCGUCCGCUCCAUCUCGAUGGACAAGUGGAAGGACGUGGAGCUGGAGAAGAUGAAGGUCGGCGGCAACAGGAACGCCCGUGAGUUCUUCGAGGGCCAGCCCGACUGGGACGAGUCCAUGUCCAUCUCGCAGCGUUACAACACGAAGGCGGCGGCGUUGUACAGGGACAAGAUCGCUACGUUGGCGAGAGGAGAGCCCUGGAGUCCGAGCAGUUCGAUGGCGAAGGACUUCCAGUCCUCGUCGUUCAUCCGAAAUAAACAGGAGCACUCGUACCAGAGCGACCUGUCCACCUCUUAUCAGAAUAUGGACACGAAUAAUCUGAAGGUGCAGACGGAAUUCUUCUUUGCGAGGAAGCAGAACGAGAACGCCAAUCGUCCAGAUAAUGUCCCACCAAAUCAAGGCGGUAAAUACGGUGGCUUCGGCUAUCAGAUGGAUCCACCACCCAAAAGCUCGUCCCAGGAAUUGUUCGACACCGCAGUAUCGUCCCUGGCGUCUGGCUGGUCAAUAUUCUCUUCCUCGGCGUCGAAAAUAGCGAGCAAAGCUACCGAGAACGCAAUCAAGAUCGGAGGACUCGCGACGCAAAAGGUUCGUGACGGCACACUAUUAGAGGACGUAGGGGCCCAGGUCAAUCAUUUGGUUACAAAGGUUGGGGAUAUAACGAGACGGGGAGGAUGGGGUGACAUUGCUGGGACCAAUUCAGCGGAACAACAAAGGCAGUACGAUUCCAUGGACCGAUAUCAGUCCUCCGACACGUAUCAGAAUAACGAUCCAAUACACUCGAAUCGCUCCAACGAAAAAUCAUCCCUUGUAAGAAGCUCCAGUUCCAAAAGCAACAUUUCCGCUGGAGAUUCCUCCAACACCUCGAACUGCGAUUGGGAUUGGGGCAACGACGCGAAACAAACGAGCAAGACGACGGUAAUGUCGAAGAGGCAACCGAAGGCGGAGAGGAAGGAAGAAUCGCUGAUCAAUUUCGAAACGGACAAUAAGGCACAGAAUUGGAACUCGAAAGCGGAGGACGACGCCUGGGAGAUAUUGAAUAAUUGACUCUGAUAUCAUUAGCGCGAAUUAGGGAAUGAGGAUAUUGGUAUAUGUUAACUUUAACGAGUAUUAAAGAGAAUUAAAGUGCGAGGACGAAUACGUGCCCUUAA